AUGAGUGUCUAUAAAAGAUACGUUUCUGGUGAACAUGAUCAAACCUAUUUUGACAAAAUAAACAAACAACCAAAUGAUGAAAAAGAUAAAAGAAUGAUAAUAAAUCAACUACAGGGACAAUUCAACAAUCAAAAACGUAACAAAAAUUCAAUCAAACAUGUUAAAUUAAAAGAUUGGAUUCAAUCAUAUUUCAACAAUUCAAUUGUAUUUCAGGGAUUUGAUUCAAUUUUAUUCCAUGAUAAAUUUAUAAUAAUCAUUAAUAAUUAUCAAUCUCAUAAAAUUUCAAGUAUUUCAAUUGAUAAAUUUGGAGUUAGACUAUAUGAGAAUCUCAAACUCAAUCCAAAUUCUAGAUUUUGGCCAAGUUGUGAAAAUUUAUUACCAAGUUAUAAAAACUUGAAUUCUAGAAGAGCCUUAGCAAUCACAAAUUUAAAAGACUCGAGUAAAUUAAUAAAUACUAAUGAGAUUAUGAACUUACCAUUAUGGGAUGAGACAAAUGCAGGUAAUUUAGCGAAUCUAAUGAAAUUAAUUAAACAUCAAUCACUGAAUUAUAUAGGUUUACAAUUAUUAAAACUUGGUUUAUUACAACAACAUAGUUUAAAUUCAUUAUUUAUUGAUGUGAUUUAUGAUAAUAAUAAUAAUAAUGAAGAUGAUAAUAAUAAAUUCGUAUAUUUGUUAGGAGAACAACUCGAACAAUUAUUUGAUCCAUUAUUGGAAUAUUGUCCCGAAAGAGUGCAAAAUUCAUACGUACCACCAAUUCAAACCUCAGUUUCUUCAAUUCCAAAUAAUUCUACAAUUCAAAGUAUAAUUGAAGAAUUAAUAUCCGUUCAGACGAAUUAUACAAUUGGUUUAGUUAAUCUAUUACAAAAUUUUAUAAUUCCACUACGGAUAUAUAUCGUAAAUAAUAGUAAAUCAAGUAAGAAUUUAACUAAAAUUAAUCAAAUUUUCCCACCUACAAUUGAUGAAAUAACGAGAAUUAAUUGUAUUUUAAAUGAUUCAUUAUUAAAAGCACAAAAGAUUAAUUAUUUACAAGUUUUUAAAUCUUUAUCUAUUAUAUUACCUCAAUUUUAUAAACCAUUUAUAAGACAUGAAGCAAAUGUAAAAAAAUUUGGAUCGGAAUUGAUUAAAUUUUAUCAUCAUAAUAAAAUUGAAAUAUUUGAAAAUUUGACAAUUAAUGUUAAUGGAUUAUCAAUUAGAGAAAUUGAUUCAAUUAUAACUGGAUCAUUAUUGGAACUUUCAAAGAUAAAAUUGAUUAUUGAGAGAUUGAUAAUUGCAAUUGAGUCUGAAAAACUUAAAAUUAGAAACUUUGAUCAAGAUAUUAAUGAUACUAAACAAGAUGAAGAAAUUGAAAAAUAUUCAAAAAUUAUAUUUGAAACUAUUGAUGCAUUUGGUUAUGAAAAUAAACAAGAUCAAGAAGUGAAUAGAGAUCGUAUAUUCACUCCAUCUGGGAAAUUUUUAGUUGAAUUAGCUACGAAAUGGCCCAAAGAAUUACAAAAUGGUUGGAUAUCAAGAAAAUUAAUUGGAAUAUUUGAAAUGGAAAACUUACAAUGUGAAACGAAAUGUAACAGAGAAGUAUUGAUUAUAUUCUCAGAUUAUUUAUUAAUUUUAAAUAUACUGGAUCAUGAGUAUUAUGAAUCUAAUAAAGAUAUAAGUAUUCUGAUACCUGACGUGCUUAUGCAUUCUUUAAUAAAUGAGAAACCAUUGCCUAAUAUAGAUAGAUUUCCAUCAAUGGAGGUUAAAAAUUGGUGUUUAAUAAAUGAAGCCUUACCUUCAUCAUAUGAAUGCUUGACUGAGAAUCAAGAAAUUAUAGACUGUUUAAGAAUUUUAAAUACUACGAAAUCAGGAUUCAAUGCAACAGAAGGUGAUCAAGUGUUUACUAAACAUUAUAAAGUUUUGAAUGGUUCAAGCAGUAACGUUAUUGAUUUGAUCAUUAAAGCAAAUGUAUUACAUAAAGUAUCACCAUUUCAUUUAUUCAAAUUCACAGAUUCAAAUUUAAACAUAUAUUAUACUGCUCAUGAAUGUAGUACAUAUGUUCAAGAAUCAAGUAAAUCAAAUUAUUUAAUUUGUUUAAAUAUGGAUAUUGACGUGCCUAGUAUAUUUCAAUCCAAUCCAAAUUUGAGAUUUCUUUUACAAAUUUCUUUCAUUGAUGAAGAGAAAGUAAGAGUAACAGGUUAUGAUAAAAUAUGUAAUAAACAAAUUAAUGAAGUAAUACAAGGCAAAAAUUUAAAUGAAUUUAUAAAGACUAUGAUUUAUAAAAAUUUCAAUGGUUUAGUUUCAACUUAUAAUGAUGUUACUAAGAAUUUGAUAAAGAGUAAUGAAAAGAGUUUGAGAUUUAUAAUUGAUUAUGUUAUUAAUGAUCAAGUGAUUGAGAAUGUACAUCUUCCAAAGGGAAAUAAUACUCAAUAUUCAAUAUCUGGAGUUUUACAUGAAUCAAAUAAGAAUCUAGAGAAUAAGAAAGUAGAACAAUCAAAAGUUUCACCACCUAAAACUGAAAAGAAGAGAAAAUCAUUGUUUGGUAAUUUAUUUAAAGUAAAGCAAGUCAAGAUUAAUACUUCAAAUGAUUCAACAAACAAUAUUCUGCAUACGUUUAUACCGAGAGGUACCAAGAAAGAAUAUGUUGAUUAUUAUAAACCAAUACCUAAACUUCGAACAAGAGCAGAUUCAAAUAGUAGCACUAUAACCAGACCAAAGGAAGUAAGUAAACUUACAUCACUUUUAGGUAAAGAGCAAAGAUAUAAUUCAAAUUUAGAAACGAUCAAUGACAACGAUACAUCAGUACUACGCAAUGAAAAAUUAGUUAAAUCAAAUAAUCAUGUCACACAACCAUCAAUUGAAAUAUCAGAAGGGUUUUCAUUCCCUCAGAAACCAAUCGAAUCAGAAAAACCAACAACUUCAUCAACUAUCAAACGUAUCUCAACAUUUGAUGAUGUUUCCCUUCCUAAAAUUGAAUGGUUGUUAAAUUAUACAGAAGCUGAUUCUCAACCAAAUUGGGAAUUAAUCUGUUCUAAUAAAGUAAUUAAUCAAAGAACACCAAUAAUUGAAGAGAAACUUGAAUCAAGUGAAUCAAGUGAAUCAAGAAUACCAUCAAAUCCAUCACUGAUAUUUUCAUCAACUCAAAAACAAAGAAAAGUAUCACCACCAAUGCCAAUAAUUCAACAACCAAAACGUGAGGAGAGUAUUCAAUCAAUAACAUCACAACAAUAUAUAAAUCAUUUUGAAAAAUUUAUAAAUUUUGAAUUUGAAAAUGAAAAUAAACCAACGAAGAAAGAUUUACAGCCAUUUCAUUCAAAUAAUAGUAUAAUUACAUUAACUAGUGAAUCAGAUGGUCAUGUUAAUAGUUUUACCGAUUGUCGAAUUUUUUAUUCACCAAUUGAAGAACUUGGGAAGUUACAACACUUAAAUACAGUAUCAUCGGAAGGAACAAUUGUACAAAAGAUGGAAAGUACAACACGUCCUGACGAUUCAAUGAGAGAUGA